AUUAAUGAAAGAGACGGGAUCCACACUAUAUAUAUAUAACAGGAGGCUUCUUAAAUCCACAAUUAUCUCGUAUAAGAGUGCUGAAAACACUAAUCGGACAACAGUUACAAAUCAUGUAACAGAAGAGCUGCUUGUCAGUUAACUUUCGAGAUUAAUCAACAACGUCCUGCACAGAAUGAGCUUCCUUUUGUAAGUGUUCUAUACUUCGGUUUGUUUACAUCUCGAGAUGAACAAUAAACAAAAAUUUUUGUGUCAUAAAACGUGCGCAAUCUUCAGAGACAUAUAUUUACCAAACUCUAAUAAUAUUCUUGAUUCAACUUUCAAUAAUGUGGCACGUUUCAUUCGACAGUGGUUCAAGAAAUAAUAAGACAUUUAAGCCGAAGAAGAAGAUUGUGGAAGGAAGUCAUCAAUAUGAGUUGAUGAAACAUGCUGCUUCUACUUUAGGCUCAGGGAACUUAAGAGAUGCUGUAAAAUUGCCUGAUGGUGAAGAUAUAAAUGAAUGGGUUGCUGUUAACACUGUGGAUUUUUUUAAUCAAAUAAAUAUGCUGUAUGGAACAUUGACUGAAUUUUGUACCGAUAAAACUUGCCCAAUUAUGAGAGCAGGACCUAAAUAUGAAUAUCACUGGGCUGAUGGUUUAACAGUAAAGAAACCUAUUAAAUGUUCAGCGCCAAAGUACAUCGAUUAUCUAAUGACUUGGGUUCAAGACCAGCUUGACGAUGAAGCAGUAUUCCCCUCCAAAAUUGGGGUGCCGUUUCCUAAAAGUUUUCUAUCGAUUGCAAAGAUUAUUCUGAAAAGAAUGUUUCGCGUUUAUGCACAUAUUUAUCACGAACAUUUUAACCAGGUAGUUUUUUUUUCGUAACAUGAUAUCUUAUAAUAUACUUUGCAAUAUUUAUUACAUUUUUACAUUUUCUAUAACUUUCUUUUGACUAGGUCAUCAACCUUAAGGAAGAACCUCACUUAAACACUUCGUUCAAACAUUUUAUUUUCUUCGUUCAAGAAUUCAACCUGGUUGAGGAAAAAGAAUUGAUGCCACUUGAAGAACUAAUUAAAACAUUGACAACUAAGUGAAAUCGUUUUGCAUAAGAUAUUUUGUGAUAUAUUGCUACGAGUGUUUUUGGAUUGCAUAGUUAAUACCAUAAGGUUACACUGAAGUACUGCUUGCAGCUUUUCUCAUGACCUGAUCUUGACUGUCAUCUCAUACUACUCCUGGAUUUUAGUCUAUUUGUGAAAAAAUUAACUCUUUUAAGUCUGUAUAGAUGCUGUACUUGUCACUGUUAAUUUAUUAUUUUAUUGCCUAAUUAAACAAAAUAUACAACAAUUACUUUACCAAA